AUGGACGACGACCUGUUUGGAGAUGAGGUCUUGCCCAUCCCACCUCGACCUCCUAGCAAGCAGCUACAGCAACGUUUGGACGAGAUGCGAAGUCGUGGGUGCUGCAGGACCAUCGCGUACUCCAAACACGGCAUCAUCGCGUCCAUCUCGCCAGAUGGCACACAUGUCAACCUCCAGUGCCCUCAUGCCAGGCCUGAUGAUGGCCAAUGGGAGCUGAACGAACCCAUCCAGUGUUCCAUCCUUCCCGCUCCUCUCCCUGGAGGGCCUAUCGUCCAUCUGGCUUGGGCCCCAACAAUGGCGCCCGAGCUGGCCGUCAUAGAUGCCUUUGGCCGCAUCUGUCUGCUCGGCUUCCCUGUCCACCUUAACAAGGCGGCCUUCAGCAGGAAGUGGGACGCAGAUGCCCAGGAUGACCUCCACUCUGUUGUUGGCUGCUACUGGCUCCCUCUUCAUUUGCCCCGAGGGGUCAACAUCAUAUGCGGACCGGUCGUAAAGGACGACGCAAACGCAAAAUAUCAGUUCAACAAUACCUAUAACCAGACCAUUGGGCCAUGGCAUCCCAACCCGCAAAAGAGUGCGUUGGUCUGCGUGACCGCCAGCGGCCUGCUCAAGCUGUUCUUCUCUCAGAACAACAACCAGCUCCAGGAGAUACAUUUAGAGAUGGAGAGCGUAGCCUCGUCCGACGACCUGAUUACGCACGCUAGCAUCUGCUCUGAACGAGGCAAACUCCUGAUCGUGCUCGCUACCGCUGCCAAACAGCUCAAGGUGAUCCUCGCUGAGAUCAGCUGGGGGAUGCCGCAACCACAACAAGAUAAGCAGAUCCCUCCCGGAAGCCUCCCUCUCCGGCCCUCGCUCAAGAUUGAGCACGUACAUACGACAAGCUGGCUCCAGCAGGGCUCGGCCGAUUCCCAUCUGGAUACAUCCAUGGACCAGAUUUCACACCUGGAAGUACUGCCCCCAGUCUUGGACAUCAGGACCAAGGUCAUGACACCUGCUAUGAUACUGGCUGUUAGGCUGCACCUGCCCACUGCGCGCUCGCAUUACAACCUUGAACAUCAGAGCAUCAUAGACCGCUGGACUGUCGCAUUAGACCAGCCUCAGCAAUUGCACCCGGCGUUUGAGCAGCGCGGCUCCAGGGCGGGAGCGUCUUCAUCCCCAGGCACUAUCGCAAUGCUUAACAAGGGCGAGUCGAUCGUCAUCAACAAGAUCAUCGUCUCCAUCGAGACGAGCCUAUACGGCAGGGUUAUAUGCAUUGGAUUCAGCGACGGUACCGUUCAGUACCGAGACCGCAUUACGAUGGCCGAAAUCUAUCAAGAAGAAAAUGACCGACAGAUCACAAUCAUGCAGCAGGCCGGCCUUCAUUUUACGGACGAGAAGCCCAGCUUGCAUACGAGUUUCUCGUCGAACAACUGUUCAUACGCUCAAAUAUGCGAGAACGGCAAGGUUCGCUGGAGCAGUCUUCAGUAUCCAGCGGCAGAGAUCAGCGCAACCAAGGCCGAUCCUCAGCACGAUGCUGUGUUCGCCAGCUUCGUGAUGGCCUUUGCCAACUCUGUGCACCAGAACAGCAAUUGUGAUGACAUACUUGCCAUUGCGAGACCAUUUGCUGAGAAACAACCCCGAUUCAUCAUCGGUCUGCUCAAGGCAGUUGUCAACACCUUAGGCGUCAACAUCGAUUAUUCGGAGGGCAAUCCUCAGGACCAACUCCCUAGGAACGGGUAUCUCCACUUCAUAAUGAGUGUGCUCAACCAUUUUGGCUUUCAAGGAGACUUUCGACCGAGAUCUUUCAGUGGCAGGUUCAUCGGGCUGGGCCUGAGCCUUCGAAACAUCAUUAUCCUCAUCACGAUGGCGACCAACGCGCCUAACGAGCGCAUGAGGGAGAAAAUUAACCCUCUUGAUGACCCCGAGGUCGUUGUUGUUCUUUCGAGCAACAUGAAGUGGGUCAUCGACCUGAUGUCGUGGAUCACAGAUGGCCUUCUGAGCCUACGAGACGAUCCGAAGUUCAUGGAGCUCCUCGAUAAUCCUCAAAGGUUUUCUGAAAUGACCGAGUAUCUCAAGGCCAAGAACAAUGUAUCUCUACAUCUCUUGCUCUGCUCUUCCACGAGGUGGUUGCUGGCCACGGUCGUUCGGCGAUUUCCUUACCUCCAGUCUAUAUCCCAAAAGGCCAUGCAGGUGUUGGAUCCUCGGCAACCCGCAGGCUCAACAGAGUCUCCCGGCACAGGCGUCCAGUCUCUGUACCAAGCCUACGCAAGGCUCCAGCACUCCAUAUCCACGGAUCUCAUCAAGAUCGAAGAAUUUGAGAAGCUUCUCGCCAGCGUGUCCGCCGAUGUCCGACAGAUGUACCAGGGCACGCUGGCCCACCUCCAACAGAAACAGCAACAGCAGCAGGGUCAGCAGAAGCCCGGUCAGCCGAACCCCGCCGAGCACGCUCUUAAGAAGGCACAGGCGCAGUGCGAGCUGCCGAUCUUGUUGGCAGACCAGCCGCCAGCCAGCUUCCAGGGCCUUGUGAAGAAACUGUUCGAGACAGACCUCAAGACCAUCAUGGGCUCGACGAACCGCUCCGAGCUCUUCUUCACGGACUUUCCGCUGCUGGAUGUCGAGGAUAACGUUCACAGGCUAGCCAGGCGGAAGACUGACGGAAGAUACGUGGACAUUUUCAGGAGGAUAGAGCAAAAGGCACCUCAACUGGUCAACGACGCCGCCGCCGCCAACAAUGGUGGUAGUCCCGCUGUCUCCAAGCUACUCCAGCAGCCGGGACAAGAGGUGCAGCAGAACGGAGAGACGUCUCGCGCCGACCAGCCAGGCUUCCGCAGGUGCACACGGUGCUGCAGCGUCAUGGAGGAGCUGCAUGCGACCCGGCCGGGCUUCAACUUCGUCGUGAGCCUGCAAAGGAAGUGCGUUUGUGGUGGAAGCUGGGCUGCCUUGUCCUGA